GGACGAUUCGGUUAGGAGCCGCGGCGUAAACGGUAAACCCCAACGGAGUUGGCAGCAAAGCCCCCCGCUUCUCUCCUCUCCGCUCCGCCGCCUCCGCUCCAGCGCAGCGCAGCGCAGCCAUUUCGUUCCAGUUCGCGCCGAUCCACCCAUUCCGCCGCCGCCGCGGCUCCCCUUGACGCCGCGCGCCCGCGGCCAUGGAGCGCUCCCGUGGUGAGGCGGGCGCCCCAACGCCGCCGACGCCGGCGGCGGCGGCGGCAGCGGGAGCAGGAGGAGGGGCGGCGAAGGGGAUGUCGUGCAAGGGUUGCCUCUUCUACUCGUCGGUGCUUCGGUCGCGAGAGCGCGGGCCCGUCUGCGUCGGCAUCACCCGCGCCCUUCCCCAAGUUUCUGGGCGUAUGAUUGGAGAAAUUAAACCGGAACAUAGCAAAGGAGAUUGCCAGUUUCGCGACCUUUCAUAUUUCAAAUAUGCAUGUGUUGGCUAUUCAAUAUACCUAGAUGACAAGGAAACUUCUGUCGGGGUACAUGAGAAGGCACAUGAACAGCUACCUGUUUGUUUUGGAGCUGAGAUAUUGGUAGGUAGAAGAGACCCAGUUAAUAAAGCCCCAUCUUACAAUAAGAAAGAAGCUCCUCAACCGCAUCGAUACAAGCCAGGGCAUGCAGGAGACGACUUAUUCACCAAGUUUCAGAGGAAUGCCGGGCUUGUUGCCAAUGGUGUGGCAAAGAACCUGAAGAAAGUUGGGACCUACAUCAAAGACACAAUGGGUGAUAUGAUGUACCCAGACCGGAAGCGUCCCAAAUAGAACAUAGGCUGCUCUCUAUAGAUCCUGCAGGGGAUUAGACACUAGAACCAGGGGGAGCAUGAGAUCAACCACUCCUCCAGACACCUGGAGUAGAAGUAGCCUUCUGUAGUUAUGUUGGUUUCAGGAGCUCUAGAAAAAUGGUGACGAGCUUUCACUCAUUUCAGUGUUACAAAAAACAACCAGUUGGACACUGAUAGUAGGGGCAUAAUAUUGUGUUCUCCACAUGGCCCCACUGCUCGCCCAAUUGAUUCUUGUUUCGCUGGGUUCAUCCAGUAGUGUACAGGAUGUCAUGUAAUAUGACAAACAAAACCCAUUUUGUGUCUUGUGGUAAUAACAUGAGAGCGGCAUCGCAAGCCUCAAUGCUGCA